CUCUUGUUAAUAGUUUAGGAGAUAGGCACAUUGUUUGACAAUUUCGGUUUGAGCUAAAGUUCUUUUAUUUUACUUAACUGACUCUUUUUUAUUGAUAUUACUGGAAAUGAAUUGAACUAUAAUUAUAUAAUACAUCACUUGAUAUCAACACUUGGUUAUCACGUAGUUGUAUGCUAGCUAUACUGAAACAAAAUCCGACACUUAGUUAUAAGUACUUAGUAAAUGAAUAAAAUACAACUUCGAUUCACUUAUAUCCUUGACUUCAAGUAAAAGUAGGCAAAACCACAUAAAUCGCGCAUAUUACUAGUUUAUUGCAGUAUAUAUCAUUUUUUUGCUUCGUGUAGAAUGGUCGAUAAUUUAAGUGCAUCUACAAUAAAGCGACCAAAAGAUACCAAAGAACAUGCACAAUCAAUUUUCACAUAAAAAACUCUCAUUAUCUAAAAACAACAAAAACUCACAAAAAAAAAAAAAAAAAAAAAAAAAAAAAAAAAAAAAAAAACCCAACACAUUGUCAUAUUGUCAUAACCCACCCAAUGGAUUUUUUAAUACCAUUCCAACCCACCCCUUGCCACUUCCUUCUGUUUCUGGCGUUCAUCAAUAUAACAACGAGCCCAAAACCGAACCACCUAAUGAUGAGGAAAGACAUGAACAACCAUGAUGGCCAUGAAUUAACUUCAAGAACAACCAUUGGGUUGGUCUAAAACGAACAUAAAUCGUAUUUGUUGGCUUUUGUGGCACAUGAAUGUAUUAUAUAUAAUCUUAACUAAGGCUAUCCCGCCUCCUAGCCCAUUUGGGUAUCCCCACUUGGGUUAAGUUGGGCCGGCUUCCUCCUUGGAGGUCUCCGGUUCGACUCUCGGCUGUGGCAUACGGGGGGUGGGAGUCCCAAUGAUGGAUCGUUUCUACCGAGGCAUGGUGCGGUCCUGAGGGCAACCCGGUUUUACCCAGCUGUUACCCCAGCGAGUCUCUCGUAUGAGGGGCAGUAUGGUUUCCGGGCGGAAGUCAGCUUGCGUAACGGCUGGGGCCCGAUCGAACAUCGCGUCCGUAAGAGCGGGGCUGACUGGGGAAUGUCUUUGACAUGACCCCGGAGACCAAUUCGGUCUUGUACAGAGAAAGUCUCCUUCCAGAAAAAAAAAAAAAAAACUAAGGCUAAUCUUGACCAUUCAAAGUCUGUAACUUUUAAUCUUGCCCCUUUAAAAUCAUUUUUUUCUUUUAGAAGCAGCAGUUGGUGACAGUUUCACUCCCUUUCUUCUCAUCCUGCACUCCUGCAGUAGUGCAGUUAGCCACGAUCUAACAGUAUCAACUCCCCCUCAAAAUCGCACAGUUACUCAUUCCUCUCUAUAUCUCUCAUUAUCGCUUGCACAUCACAAAAAUCAGUCAGUUGAUCCAUAAACGGCAUGUUGAUGUUCGUCACUCAUGAAAGAUGAAGAUUGGCUUCUCUCAUAACUCAAAUCUCCAUGGAGGCAUAAAAUCUCCGCCUGUCUCCGUCACCUCCAAAACCACCCAGAUCGAUGAUGCCGCCGACCACGAUCUCUCAUAGCUCCAUGGUUGAUCCAUAAACGCCAGGGUAACUAAAUUAAAACGAUGCAUUUUCUCUCAAUAGAACCGCUCCGGUGACUAAAGAAGCAAUCUUGGAGCUCGACAGGACCGGAAACCUUGUCCUGACUGAGGGUCGCACCAUCGCAUGGACCUCAAACACCUCAGACGCUGGCAUCCAGUCCGCAGAAUUACUAGAAAACGGAAACCUAGUCAUGUAUACCCGUGAUCAAAACAUAGCAUGGCAAAGCUUCUCACACCCAUCAGACACUCUCUUGCCCGGUCAACCUUUGACCAUUGACGUGGAGUUGACUUCGUCACGGGUACCCACUCGCGGGGGCGGUUAUUACACUUUGAAAAUACUUCAAGAACCCACUUCGUUAAGCCUGGCUUUAUCGUACAACAUACCUGAUCCUUAUAAUCUUUCAAUGGACGCUCAAUCUAACUAUUCGUAUUGGGAAACACCUGAAUUCUCUAAUGUCACCGGAGACGUUGUGGCUGUGCUUGACCAAGCCGGAAGUUUCGGGGUGGUUUAUGGUGGAGAUUCCAUCGGGGCGGUGUAUGUCUACAAGAACGAUAACGACAAAGGUGAAUUAUCAUUUGCAAGUAACCAAACUAGCAAACCGUUAGUUCUCCGGAGAUUAAUUCUCGAAACUAACGGUAAUCUUCGGCUGUACCGCUGGGACAACGAUGUUAAUGGAUCUCGACAAUGGGUACCAGAAUGGGCGGCCGUUUCAAACCCGUGUGCCAUCCCUGGAGUGUGCGGGAACGGGAUAUGUAAUCUGGAUAGAACCAAAGCAAACGCUUCUUGUGAGUGUUUGCCUGGUUCUAACACCAGUGGAGGCGAUUUCCGGUGUAGGGCGAAUUCGUCUUACACCGGAAAUUGCAGAGUUCCUCACGACAACUCGACUAGUUCCCAACUUAAAAUUGAAACAGUUCAACAAACAAAUUACUAUUUCAAAGAAUCAGCAGUGAUAAACUACAGCGAUAUCGUGACGGUUUCAAAGUGUGGUGAAGCUUGUUUAUCAGACUGUGAAUGUGUUGCUUCUGUUUACGGGCUAAAACAAGAGACACCAUAUUGUUGGGUCUUAACGAGCUUGGAGUUCGGUGGGUACGAGGAUUCGGGUUCGACGAUGUUUGUUAAGGUUCAGUCGAAUGGAUCUUCGGAACACAAAGACAAAUCAGGGAUGAGCAGCAGCACUCGCACGAAGGUUUUGGUCCCUCCUGUUGUACUGGGCAUGCUUGUUCUUGUUGGACUCCUAUGUUGUCUAUUGUACAUUUAUGUUCAUAAAAAGAGAGCUUUAAAAAGAGCCCUCAAUAAUUCCUUAAUUUUCUCAGGAGCCCCUCUUAGUUUUACCUUUCGCGAUUUACAGAACAGGACAAAUCAUUUUUCAGAGCUACUCGGAACAGGUGGAUUUGGUAGUGUUUACAAAGGAAGUUUAGGAGAUGGUACAUUAAUUGCGGUUAAAAAACUCGACCGAGUUUUGCCACACGGAGACAAGGAAUUCGUAACUGAAGUAAACACAAUCAGUUCAAUGCAUCAUAUGAACUUGGUUCGCUUGUGCGGGUAUUGCUCCGAAGGUCCACAAAGGCUUUUGGUGUACGAGUUUAUGAAAAAUGGAUCUUUAGACAAGUGGUUAUUUGUUCCCCAUAAAACUCGAGAGAGGCUCUUGGAAUGGCCAACUCGGUUUUAUAUAGCCGUUGGCACAGCGCAAGGGAUUGCAUACUUUCACGAGCAAUGUCGAGAUAGGAUAAUACAUUGCGAUAUAAAGCCGGAGAAUAUUCUAUUGGACGAAAACUUUUGUCCCAAAGUUUCAGACUUUGGCUUGGCUAAGCUAAUGGGAAGGGAGCACUCGCAGGUUGUGACCAUGGUUCGAGGAACACGAGGUUACUUGGCUCCAGAGUGGAUUAGUAACCGUCCCGUGACAGUGAAAGCUGAUGUUUAUAGUUAUGGAAUGCUCUUGUUGGAAAUAGUCGGUGGACGAAGAAACCUCGAUAUGGCUUUUGAUGUGGACAAUUUCUUCUUCCCAGGGUGGGCUUUUAAGGAAAUGAGCAAUGGGGACGCGAUGAAGGUAGCAGAUAAGCGGCUCGAAGGGGCGGUGGAAGAAGACGAGCUUUUAAGAGCGUUAAAAGUAGCGUUUUGGUGCAUACAAGACGAUGUGAACAUGCGCCCUUCGAUGAGUGAGGUGGUUAUGAUGUUGGAAGGUUCGGUAGAGGUGAACAACCCACCGAUGCCCCAAUCAGUAUUAGAGAUUAUCGAGGAAGGGUUAGACCAUGUUUACAAAGCAAUGAAACGAGAAUUUAACCAGUUUAGCUCUUUCACUAUCACCAACAUGACAAGUCAACCAUCGUCGUCUCGUGCAACAUGUAGUUACUCUACAAUGUCACCUAGGUGAUGAUGAAUCAAAAGAGUAAUUUUGAUGGAAUUCAAUUUUUCUAAACAUCAAAUGUAAAAUGUGUAGCAAAACGUGAAUGACCUAAAGAUCACAUUUAAUUUAAUUAAAACUUUGUUUGCA